AGUCGCUUCCUGGACGUCAAAGAGGGAACACGACGUCGUCUGCGCUCUCGUGUUUACUCGAGAUCUUGUAGUAGUGUUUUGGGCCGCACCGAGAGAGGGAGAGCAAGAAGGCCGCCGGAAUGUCGAUGCAGGGGAGCGUCUUCGACAGCGAGUCCUCGGAUGACCUGAGCUACUCGCAGUGGGUGAAGGGCGUGCGGCGGCGCUCCCGCAGGCUGUGCACCCAGAGGUGCGGCGAGGGCAGGUGGGAGAGGAGACAGGAGGAGGAGGAGACAGGGAGGGGCGAGGAGGAGGAGGAGCAGGAGGACAGCGAGCACCGGGGAGCCCUGGAGAGCCUGGGCGAGGAGAGGCCCCCGUCGAACGAGGAGGAGGAGGCGGAGGCGGAGGCGCGAGGAGGAGGCGGCGAGAGCGGCGAGGCCCUCCCCCGCGGCAGGAGGGAGCUGCCGCCGCAGGAAGACCCGAUCGAGCUGGUCUGCGUCGUCGAGCACAGGGACCUUCCGGAGCGCGACGAUACGCCGGGCAAGGAUAAUGUGCAGAGUAAUUGUGUGAUCCACCUUCGCACGCAUUUUAAAAACAGUGAACCCACCGGUUUCGGCUGCGAGAAAGUCCGCGCCCUCAAGACUCUGCCCACCAUGCUCGCCCUCAGCUGGUCGGAGGUGGUCGAGGGCGAGAUGGGCAUUUGGGCGACGAAGGACCUCGGCUGCAGCUGCUUCUUCGGGCCGUACGCGGGCAAGAAGCCGCCCUACUUCACGAAGACGCGCAGGUGCUCCUGUUGCAAGUCGGUGGAGAGGACCCGCCAUCAGGCCAGCCUUCCCGUGCACCCGUCCUUCCCGAGGUACAACUGGAUGCGUUUUGUCCGCGGCGUGACGAGUGAUCGCGUCGCCAACCUCAAGCCUCAGGUUCACCAAGGCCAGGUUUUCUACGCAGCCACGCGACUCAUUCAGAAGGGGACGGAACUUUUAGUCAAUCUCAACCCAGACUAUAAACCAUCCUACGAGGUCACGAAGAGGAGGUCAGUUCAUUAAGUGACCGUUGAUGUUCGGGAGGCCUCAAAUCUCCUCAUAGACUUAAGUGAUGCCUUGGAUCUCAAAAUUGUUCAUUUUAAUCUCCAACUUUAAUUUGGAACGCAAAAGGACGUGGAAUCAGUUAGGCUCUCUGCAUAAUAAAAGGCUUUUUUUUUUAUCAAUAUAAUUUGUAUUCAUACUCAACAGUUUACGGAUUUGUAUAUGUUCUGUUUUGUUUGUUUAUUGAUUAACAUACGUUUUGUCAUCGUGUGCUGACAGCUCUGUUUUGUGAAAACAGAAAGAUUUAUGAGCUUUGAUGUUCAGCUUCUAUUGUUUUUUCGAGAAGAACAUUAUUUAUUUUAUUAUUUACGUGCAAUACAUGUCAGAUGUCAAAGCAAUUUUGCAAUGUAAAGGAAACGAAUUUAAAUAUAUGUAUAUUUUUUUCAAAUGAACAAAAACU